UCCGGAGUCAUCCAUUAAAUGUUCUACUUUUGUUAUUCCUUUGAGGAACCAUUCUUUAAAAAACACUGGUCUAUUCUCAACUCUUAUAAGUGAAUUAUACCAUAAGGGUGAUGACCGAAAGUGAUAAACUGAUACAACCUUUUCUUCAUAAUUGGCUUCUGACCAGAUUUCAAGAAUUUCUCUGAAAAAAGGAUCUGAUACUUUGAUAAUGUUACAACUGUCUUUUAUGUCUAGAUUUCCAGUUAGUGUUACUUCACCUAUAUUUUUCAAGUUCUGAGUCAAAAAAUCUUUUCCAGCUUCCACAGUUUUCCUUAUCUAUAUACUUCUACAUCCAUGUGGCUUUGAGAGAUCUAUUAAAGGAAGCUAUAUCAAUCAUUUUAAGUCCCCCUUCUCAGUAAUCAUCAAUUAUUACCUUUCCGUUUUUGUUUUGUUGCCUUUGUCAUUCCAUAAGAAGUUAUAAAACAAUACAUUGAUCUCCUUUAUUGCUGUGUGAUUUGUUUGAAGAGGAGAAAAAAAAUGCACCAGUUGUGAAGCUAUGAGGCUUUUUAAAACAGUAAUUUUACCUAAAAGGCCAAGUCUGCGAAGUUUCCAACAUCCCAGAAUCGAUUUAAUUUUUCCUAUUUUAUCUUUGUAAUUCAAAGAUAUAGUUACAUCAGGGUCUGUUGACAACCAUAUCCCUAACGCUCUGACUUUUUUUUUAGGGGGGGGGCUAUUUGAAGUCUUUUCCAAUAUCAAGAAAAAGGAGCAGUCCCGGUAUAUUGUUUGUUUUUGUAUAUUUGAUGACGCUGUCUAUUAAACGAAUGUUCUCUCCGAUAAAUCUGUCUCUAAUGAAGCUGGUUUGAUCGUCAGAAACAAGUUUUGGCAGGAAAGUUUUGAUGUGGCUUGCAAUAGCUUUUUUUUGCAAUUUUGUAAUCGCAAUUCUAAAGCAUUAAAGGUCACCAGUUCUUUAUUGAAUUAAGGUUAGCAUCCUUUUUUGGUAUGAACUUAAUAAUGCCCCUCCGUUGUGAUACUGAGAGCUUUCCAAUUUCGUAGGAAUAAUUUGAAGAGUUCAUCAAAAUUUCCACCAUGUCAUUCCAAAACACUUUGUAUAAUUCGCAGGGGAGAUCUAGACCAUCGGUUCCUGGGGAUUUAUCUGUCACCAUGCUUUUCAGCGCUUCUAAACAUUCAUUCUCCCUUAAUUCUCCCUCACAGAGAGAUUGCUUAUUGUUAUUCAAAGCCUUUUUUUUUGAGGAAGAGGAGGAUUUAGAGUUUUGAACGACUAGUAGAUUUACACUAAAACAAUUAGAUUAUGCACUCUCGAUUUCUAUCCGUGUUAGUUGACUUAGGCUGCGCCCUGGUCAGCUAUUGCACAAUAGAAAUCUCAAGCUCACAAUCUAAUUAUUAAACCUAAAUCAUAUUUCUUGGCAGUAUUAAAGGGUUCCUUAAUAAGGAAAUGUUUCCUCUGUUCUGCUGGGCAUAAUUAUUAACUGUGCAUAGUUAUGAAGUAGUGGUCUUAAUGAGCUGGUAUGGUGGUUGUAACCCCUGGUCUAAUGUAAUUUCUUCAGUUUUUUCAGCACAAUUGUUCAAUAGUUCAUAAAUACACAACAACUUGUUUGGGGGUUUCCAGGUCUUUAUUGAAAUGACCUAUGCGCGAAUUCCUGAAAAAAAAAAUUACAGUCGCGGAAUACGCUUUGCUGUUACUCGCUCAAUAGCUAUCGCAAUAUGCCAAUUACUUGCAGCUGUGGCGGUACAUAUACAUCUUAUGGUCAUGGCUAGCAUUUCCGCCUAUUGUAUUUAAUCAUGAUAAACAAGUCUAUCAUACACUAAAUACACAACAACUUGUUGGGGAUUUCCGGGUCUUAAUUGCAACGACCUACGUGCGAAUUCCCCAAAGACCCCCAAGAAGUUGCUGAAGUUAUGAGUGAGGGAUAGCCUUGCUUAUCAUGCUCACAGGAACUCAUUUAUAUUGAAGAGAACAGUCCAAAUAGCGAUCAUACGCGUUAGAGCACCAAUCGCCUUGGAGUUCAAUGUUAUGUCCAGGAACACCGCAACUUUGGGCAAAAGUUGCUCCUCCUCUACGAAAGGAGUGUCCAGAGAACUUAGUGCUGUCAAUACCGCAUUUGUUAAAAAAAAAUUACAUUUGCUGAAUACGCUUUCCUGUCACUCGCUCAAUAGCUAUCGCAAUAUGCCGGUUGCUUGCGGUCGUCACGGUACAUAUACAUCUUAUGGGCUUGGCUAGCAUUUCCGCCUAUUUUAUUUAAUCAUGAUGAACAAGUCUAUCAUACACUUUUUUUUCACAGAAUUUUUCCAAAAACAAGGGGGACCCAAGUUAAACAGUUAAACUUCCAAAAUAUGAUCUCCACGAAAUAUAAAGUCUUGUACACAUCUACAGCCCAGUUUCACAACAGCUGAAAAUUUUCUCUGUAUUCAUGAUGUAUUAUGUUAAACAGUGGUUGUGUUUUUAUUUCUGUUUCUUCUUCUCUUUAUCUGCCCUAAAAGUGUGACCCUAGGUUAAAUUACACAGAAGGUCUAAAAAUGAGUCUAGCUUUAAUGAAAACCACGAUUUUGCAGAACUGUGAACUGUUACAGUAAGUUUUUGUUACAAAAAAAAUUAGCACCUGACAUUCACAAACACAUAUAUAACCCAUUUGUGUCGUAAAUCAAGUUUUGUCCAGUCGUCCUUGAAUCCAAUCCAACUUCCAAUACAACAUCCAAUCAAAACUUUCCUCUGCGAAAAGACUGGGAGCUACUGAAGGAUUGCGCGCCAGCAUGCUGCGCGCCAUGAGUUUGAUCGAGUAUAAAACGAUCGAGUAUAAAAUCAGAAACGAUUUUCCUUCAUAAGUCACUUUCCAUUAGAUGUAAAGAAAUGAUGGAAUUAACUGGUAUGAUGUCAAAAGUAAAGAAACAUGAACCAGUACAUCCAAGGGAAAAGCCUUGUGGCUGCAAACAACAUGGAAAGUGUUUCAACCAAGUAGGACAUUUGAAAAGUCAUUUAAGAGUCCAAACUCAUGAAAAGCGUUAUGAAUGCAAACAGUGUGGAAAAGCUUUCCACCAAAUAGGAAGUCUGAAGAAUCAUUUAAGAGUCCACACUGGUGAGAAGCCCUAUGAAUGCAAACAGUGUGGAAAGUGUUUCAGCCAAGGAGGAAAUUUGCAGAGACAUCAAUUAGUUCACACAGGUGAGAAACCUUAUGAAUGCAAACAGUGUGGAAAGUGCCUCAACCGAGUAGGGAGUUUGAAGGAACAUUUAAGAAUUCAUACUGGCGAAAAGCCUCAUGAAUGCAAACAGUGUGGCAAGUCCUUUAACCAUGCUGCAACUUUGCGGAGACAUCAAUUAGUUCACACAGGCGAGAAGCGUUAUGAAUGCAAACAGUGUGGAAAGUGUUUCAAGGGUGUAGGAAAUUUGCAGAAACAUAAAUUAGUUCACACUGGUGAAAAGCCUUAUGAAUGCAAACAGUGUGGCAAGUCCUUUAACCAAGCUGGAUCUUUGCGGAGACAUCAAUUAGUUCACACAGGUGAGAAGCCUUAUGAAUGCAAACAGUGUGGAAAGUGUUUCAAGGAUGUAAGAAGUUUGCAGGCACAUAAAUUAGUUCACACAGAUGAGAAGCCUUAUGAAUGUAAACAGUGUGGCAAGUCCUUUAACCGAGCUGGAAAUCUGCGGAGACAUCAAUUAGUUCACACAGGUGAGAAGUCUUAUGAAUGCAAACAGUGUGGAAAGUGGUUGAAACGAGCAGACAAUUUGAAGAAUCAUUUAAUAGUCCAUACUGGUGAAAGACCUUAUGACUGCAAACAGUGUGGAAAGUGUUUCAAGCAAGCAGGACAUUUGAAGACUCAUUUAAUAGUUCACACUAGAGAGAAGCCUUAUGAUUGCAAACAAUGUGGGAAAUGUUUCAAGCAAGCUGAAAGUUUAAGAAAUCAUGUAAAAGUGCACUCAAGUGAGAAGCUUUGUGAAUGCAAACAGUUUCUGACGUGUUUUUGCCAAGAGGGAUGUUUAAUGACACUUGAAAAAACCUGCACAUAUGAGAUACCUUUCAGUUGCACACAAAGUGAGAAGAAUUGUAGCCUCGAUAUAACCAAAACUGAAAACUUCAGCAUUCAACCAGUUGUGAAGGGUUCUAACUGUGAUAUUAAGAGUACUACAUCUACAGCAACAUCCAACUUUCAAGAACCUGAAGUAUGUCAUGUGGAAUGUUGGAUUUGUCAAGAGGAAUUAUGUAGUCAAGCUCAACUUUUGAAACACUAUGACAAUCAUAUGAAAUACCGAGGAUUUACUGUCCAUGAAGAAGUAUGGUUUCGCCAAGUUGAACUCAACAACCCUGCAUUCACAAAAGGUAAAAAUCAGCUGGAUCCUCUAGAUGUUGAGAAAACUCGUAAAAUUGCCAAAGUCCGCCUUCACAUGGAAUGUGUCAUUGGCAUCCUCAGACAGAAGUAUACAAUUCUUCAAAGCACACUACCUACAUACUUUCUCACAUGCAAUCAGGAGAGACAAAUUCCUUUGAUUGAUAGGAUCUUGAGGGUGUGCUCUGCCCUGGUUAACCUUUGCCCACCUAUCAUACCUUUUGAUCAAAGAACUGGUAUGAUGUCAAAAGUAAAGAAACAUGAACCAGUACUCCCAAGGGAGAAGCUGUAUGGCUGCAAACAGCAUGGAAAGUGUGUCAACCAAGUAGGACAUUUGAAAAGUCAUUUAAGAGUCUAAACUGGUGAAAAGCCUUAUGAAUGCAAACAGUGUGGAAAAGCUUUCCACCAAAUAGGAAGUCUGAAGAAUCAUUUAAGGGUCCACACUGGUGAGAAGCUCUAUGAAUGCAAACAGUGUGGAAAGUGUUUCAGUCAAGGAGGAAAUUUGCAGAGACAUCAAUUAGUUCACACAGGUGAGAAACCUUAUGAAUGCAAACAGUGUGGAAAGUGCCUCAACCGAGUAGGAAGUUUGAAGGAACAUUUAGGAAUUCAUACUGGCGAAAAGCCUCAUGAAUGCAAACAGUGUGGCAAGUCCUUUAACCAUGCUGGAACUUUGCGGAGACAUCAAUUGGUUCACACAGGUGAGAAGCCUUAUGAAUGCAAACAGUGUGGCAAGUCCUUUAACCGCGCUGGAAAUCUGCAGAGACAUCAAUUAGUUCACACAGGUGAAAAGCCUUGUGAAUGCAAACAGUGUGGAAAGUGUUUCAACCAAGUAAGAAGUUUGAAGAAUCAUUUAAGAGUCCACACUGGUGAGAAGCCUUAUGAAUGCAAACAAUGUGGAAAGUGUUUUAGACAAGCAGCACAUUUGAAUAAUCAUGGGAGAGUUCACACUAGUGAAAAACCUUAUGAAUGCAAACAGCGUGGAAAAGGUUUUAAACAAGCAGUACAGUUGAAGGAUCAUGUAAGAGUCCACACAGGUGAAAAGCCUUAUGAUUGUAAACAAUGUGGGAAGUGUUUCAAGCAAGCUGGAAGUUUAAGGAACCAUGUAAAAGUGCACUCAAGUGAGAAGCCUUGUGAAUGCAAACAGUUUCUGAAGAUUUUUUGCCAAACAUCCAACUUUCAAGAACCUGAGCUAUGUCAUGUGGAAUGUUGGAUUUGUCAAGAGGAAUUAUGUAGUCAAGCCCAACUUUUGGAACACUAUGAUAAUCAUAUGGAAUAGAACAUUUUAGCUCAAUGUUAUUUUCUUUAAGCAAUGUGAAAACCUGUUAAUCGACCACGUCCAGUUGAGUAAAAUGCUAAUGAAAUUUACAGGGGCUUUUAAUCAGGAACUGAUCAGCUGAGGUAAUCUUUGAACAAGUGGGGGUGAUUGUCGCAAGAUUCUAACCUGCAUUGUACGAUUUGUCCUGCUUUUAGAUAGAGAACUCUUAAAAAAUAAUGUACCAGCUAUGUCCAAGUUCGGUUAUGUUUUGUUUUAUCAAUAGUUGAUGUUUUGUUGAUGCCUCUCCUUUGGCAUCUGUGAUCACAUCACAUUUCAAGGCAAGAAUGCCCACCGGUUAAUCCCAGAGUCCCUUAGAGACAUACAGCAUUACUGGAUAAAAUAACCAUGUCACCACAGGUUUGGCCUUUCUUAUGUACUCGUUAAGUUAGGAAAGCACUCUUUUCAGUAACAAAGCAUUGAAUUUGUAAUCACAAGAGCCUUUUGUAGCUUUACAUGAAGAAUGUUCUUGACAGCAUUAACUUGCCAUAAGCAGACACCAAUAGGAAAUUGUCUACUGAAGAGAAGUGUAUGCCAAAUUGAAGUUUAAACAACUGUUAGUAUUUGGAUGAGGCUCGGACGAAAUCGAAGGGUCUAACAAAAGGUGUUCAAAUACAUGUAUAAACAAGAAAACAAAAAUCUAUCACAGGCAAGAUUAGCCGUGAUAUUUGUCUGUAGAUACCAGAGGCUUUUGUAUUACCUUAUUAAGAAUACUGCAUGAAUCGGUUCUGAUUUUGUUAUGUUGUAGUUUGCUAUAACUAUAAUGAAUAACCUACUUGACUGUAUAAAACUGACAGAGAAAAUGAGGGGAAAUUUUCUCUUGGUCAUGUGUACAGUUAGAGUCAAAAAAUCAAGUGAAAACAUAGACAAGACCCUUUUUAAGGGUUCUUAACCAUUUUCCUCUAUUAACUAUAUGGGACUGAUAAGAAAAGGCAGCAUCAAAUUGAAGUUUUCAAUGCUUGCAAAAUGGAUUUUUAGCUAUUGACUACUGACAACCAAUAUGCCAUUUAAAAAGACAAGGGAAUCUUCCUUUCUGAUUUAAUUAAAAGAAUACUGGCAGCCGGAAAUCCUCAAAAAUUAUUAUAUACGAAUGUGUACAUCUGUCGAUUUUUAAACUUUUUUAUAUAUAGGUGUGAAGUACUGUGUUCAUGAAAGGCUAAUGACCUUAUAUAGCAAAAUUAUGAUUUAUUAACUAUAAAUAUUAAAUAUUACAACUGAAGUUAUCACAAGCCCAAUGAAGAGGUUUAUUUCCAUUCUUAGAAGGGCCAGGUGAAUUGGAAGUCUCAAUGAUUGCUGCGAAAGUUCUCACAGUCUACCUAGCUUUUUUUAAAGCAGGCUGAGGAAGUACUUUUUUAAUGGAAUGUAACUGAUUUAAAAUGUCAAAGAGCGGGUAGUUCCUAUGAAAGUUGACAAAGACGUCUUAAAUAUUUGUCAGAUCAUCCUUUGGAAUAACCGAUUUAUUAAAAUAGAGGGUUUUUCUGCUUAUUUCCCAAGUGGGUUGUUGGAAAAAAUGAGCAAAAGUUCUGUACAAGUAUUAUAAUAAUUAAUUUGCUGAGUAUGUUAUAUUGAUAUAACAUAUUACUUUUUGAUCAGAAGCAAAAGCAGUAUGUGAUACAAACAACUUGCCCCUCCACUGGAAAAAUUUUUUAACAUUUCAACAUAGUUGCUAUACGAUCUUUUUGCCAUUGUCACAAUUACCAUAGCUAUGUUUUCCCUUUUUUUGAACAAAUAUUGAAAUGUUUGUGCCAACCCAUUGAGUUAAGCUUCCAAAAUAUGAUCUUCACGAAAUAUAAGUCUUGUCCACAUCUACAGCCCAGUUUCACAAGAGCUGAAAAUUUUGUCUGUAUUCAUAAUGAAUUGUGUUAAACAGUGGUUGUGUUUUAAUUUCAGUAUCUUCUCCUUCCCUGUAUCUGCCGUACAAGUGUGACCCUAGGUAAAUAACACAGAAUUAUUCUAAAAAUGAGUCUAGCUUUAACGAAAACCAUUUUACAGAACUGCGAACUGUUAGGGAAGGUACAUUUUUUCUUGGGGGAGGGAAGGGGAGGGGCUGGGGGAUUUUGGUAUUUUUUUCCAAAAAAAAAGUGUUGGCCCUCCCUUGCAUUAUAAUAAAAAAUCUCCUGCCCCCCACCUUUAGAUGACUGACAAAAGUGCAACCCUCCCCUCACUACUUACUACAUGGUAUGUUCCAUGCCGUAGAAACUUCAGAACAUUUCGCUUGUGAACGCAAAAUGUUUGAAUGUAAAUAUAUCAAAUGUGUGAGCUGAAACAGUGUGGGAUGUCUACGUUUUAUGGCUGAAGUUUGAAUAUGGAAGUAUAAACUUUGAGUAUUAUUAAAGUUUUGAACAUAAAAUAUCGAAGGGAAAAUGCACAGGCUUCCUUCUCCGAUGGUCAGCAUUGCUGUUGGUCAUUUUAAUAAAAAGGUUUGUUUUAUAGAACGUGAAAUCUGACUCUCAAAAACAAAUAUUUCCUACAUUUCCGAAUUCUGUUAAAGGCAGGCAUGCCAUGUCAUAAUAUACAUGUAGAAAUGUAACCUAGAACCUAUAAUAAAACACCAAAUUAAAUGAAAGUAGGUGAAAAGAAAAACUUAAUCUGUAAGAAAAAUGGAAAACAACAUCACAAAAAUCUUCAUUGAAAAAAUCUGGAAAAGAUCUGUGACACUACCCUUGAAUAGCUUACAAAGAGGUAUGACCCUCCCCUUUUUGUGCUCACUUUCACUAAUGACCCUCCCCUCUGAGGCCCCAGCCCUCUCCCCCAAGAAAAAAAAACGUACCUUCCCUAACUGUAAAAAAAAAAAUAAAAUAACAACACCUGACAUUCACAAACACAUCUUUUACCCAUUUGUGUCGUAAAUCGAGUUUUGUCCAGUCGUCCUUGAAUCCAAUCCAACUUCCAAUGGUUACUUCCAGGCUUUCUUCCGCGAGAAGACUGGGAGCUACUGAAAGAUUGCGCGCUACAACGCGCGCCAGUAGUUUGAUUGCCUAACCGAAUUUCAGGAUCGAGUUAUCCUUGAGAAGGUAAGAAGACGUUAAGAAUCAGUACCUUGCAGGUAGAUUUUAUUUUGAUGCUAGGGAUUCUAACCAAGUAACGGGUGAACUGGUUUUGAUAAGCUGUUGUAAUUCAACUGUCUCCUCCGAUAUCGCAGUAACCGGUCGUUUUGCCUCCGAGUUGUUUCGCUGAUUAUAGCUGUACACAUGUAUGCUUGAAUUUAACUGUAUUUACAUUGUUUGAAAGCGAAAUGUGUUGUUUCCUUGGUCGGUUACGGUCAGCAUAUCCACUGCAUCCUUGGAGGAGUCGAAGGAGGCUAUAUAUCUCCUCUGAACUGGUUAUCAUAAUGAGCUCCUUUCCAUUGUAUUGGGGUCUGCCAAAUCUGCGAGCCAGCGAGCCAUGUCGCGAGCCAUGGCCAUACGAGCCAUGCGAGUCAUUUGCGUGCCAUGCGAGUUAUGCGAGUCAUUCUGCGAGUAUUUUUUUUCUUCGAUUCGUUUGGGAGGUCGUCGAUCAUUUCAUCAACAAACAUCUCGGGCCCGACUUUCGCUAUAAACCGCUCGCCCGCCAUCUUGAAAGCAGAGAUGACCCCGGGGGCGAGUACAAACGGUACAACCUCGCUGCCAGGGUACUCCCUCUUUCCCUGGGAAAUUCAUUUUAAAUUUAGCUACAAAAGUGCCAAAAAUUGAAAUAUUCCCAGAAAAAAUCCUAAUCUCGCUUCGGUUGCCAGAACUAUUGCUGGUGCGUCAAACAUGAAGUAUGCAUUAAGCAUCUGUACAGCAUGCCAAGUUUUCGUCAUAGUAAUGGCUGAGCUGGACAAAUUUUUGUCUGUGUUUCAUAUUUUUGUUAUUUGGAGAAAAUUUUGUCCAUUCAAAUCGCUCAAGAUCCACAAAAACUGAAAACAAUGUGACAAAAAUUUAUUAAGGUUCAAGACUUAAGUAAAAAAAUUUCCUGAGAGAAAUGCACCGCUCCACCUCUACUUGAAUGGGAACUUGAAUGGUAUCCAUUGACACCUGUCAUUCAUUGAUAUCCACAUGGAAAAAUCAUUCAAGAAAAAAGAGAACAUUACUUCCAACUCCGUGUAUUGGUGUCAAGAAUGGUGAGUAAAUCAUGUAAUUUUAACAGGUUCACUCCUUACAAGAUUGGAAUGACAUUAACAACCAAAUCCUGACAUGGCAAUAAGUGAAAAACUAAAAAAACGAUCGCAGUUUAGUGUAGUUAUUUCUACCUUGUUUGAUUAUCGCUAAAGAGCUCUUCUCUGCACCUGGAAAAUUUUUUUACCAAUCAAUGGGCUCUCAAAAAAUCUUUCUAUUUGAGAUUCAAAUGUGCUCAGGUUUGAUAUUCACAAUGUUUACAAACACUUUCCCUUUAAAAAUACCCAACUGAAGGCAACGAAAGUUUUCAGUUCAUUGUGAAGCAUUUAAAAAUAAAAUUACAAAUAAAAUUUGUAGCUAUUUUUUUUUUUUCAGCUUGGCUUCUGAUUGGGUGAUUCAAAAAACAUUCUUAGUGAUGGUUUGUGUAGUGGCAACCAGAAUUUAAUAUUGCGAUAUUAUUCAUCUUGUUCCAUUACUCUUGUCCUGGCUCUCAUGUGAAUAUAAAUGUACCAAAUAAAAGUUCUUAACAUUUGUACUGUGGCUCUCCUGGCUCACAUGAUUCACAUGGCUCACCCCUUGGCUUGCAUGGCUCGCUGGCUUGCAGAUUUCUACAACUUGUUUCCGCUUUGUUUUAAGGUGGCUCAAAACAGUUUUCUGUUUUUUUGAGACUUUUAGAACUAGGUGCGAUUUUUCAGGCUUGGAACCGUACUGUUUUGAGGGGCUAUGCCAUUUUUUAAAUUAACUCUCCACUGUACCUUACAUUGUGUUUAAGACAUAAAUUAAGUUUGCUCUGUUCUGUUGUGUAGCAACAAACUUGACCCACUUUUCACCAUCAAUUGGAUCUAUCUUAAAAACUAAGCCAUUGACCUCAUAUUGUUUUUUAUAGAAAUCUUUUUAUUACACACAGAAGAAGAAAAGGGAAAAUUAGAAAGAAUUCUGUGGAAUAGAUUUUGCUUAAAUUAAAAACAAUGGAAAUUUCAAGAUUGGAAAAAUUCCACUCCACAGAUUUUUUACAAUUUCGCACAUGCAUUCUGCUUUUGCUGUCGAAUAAUUUUUUGCAUUAAAAAAGUGUGGUCACUGGAACAGUUUUUGAGAUAUUAGCAUCGUGGAUAAGGAAUAUUUAGGGCACAUUGUAUGCGCAAAUUAAAAUCUAGACUUUGCAAGAUCGUACUAUGCGCACGCGUGAAGGCAGUCCACUGCUCAGUAAAGUCCGCAAUUCCAUGCCAAUAAACAUGAAUACCCGUGAAUGGUGUUAUCUUUUUUGCUGUUGUCGUUAGCAGCAUAAGUGGUAGAAGAAGAGUACCAUAAAUACCCACAGAGGAGGCUGGCCUAGUAAAAAGAACGAAGAAAACUUGAAGAGUAGUUUUUGUAACGUUGCGUAAUUAGAACGUUGUAUAUAACGUCAUAAAGCUAAUUUGUAAUAGUGCUAACCGGACGACUCAUGAGAAACUACAAUAUGCCACUGGGUAAGAAACUUUGAACUAUUACUUUUUGAGUCUUUCAUUGUACUAAUACAAAUUUAUGUGAACAGAUUUUGAACGUUAACUCUCCCACUCCGGUGUUACAUAUUGGUAAAUAAAUGGAGAUGUUUAAAACCAUGGUGAAAAAGUAUUCGAGUCAGCGCUAGCGCUACAGUUUUUUCCUUCUGUUUUUAAGAUUGGUAGCCGGCGCGAUCGUAACAUCAACAUUGCAAUUUUCAUUUACGUUCCAGCACAGUGGUUUAAAAGAAUGUUUUUUCAUUUGAAAUUGCCUCAAGGAUGGAUGUUUUUAAAGGUAAAAAUAAGCGAUAUCACAAACAGCUCACUAAACUUGGCAGAAUCAAAGUUUUACUGAGUAGGCCUAGCACCACCAUGUUUGUUGUGAGUUUUCCAAACUUUAAAUCUUGCACGCCAUCUUGUAACCCCUCGGGUGGUUGCGUGAUGCCUCGCGGUGAAGUGCGUGUGAGAGCCCAGGCUUCUCACGGAAAUUUUACUGUUGUGAGCCACCUUAAAUGGAAUCUUGCCUGUUUGGCUCCAAAAUAUAGUUUGUGUGUGUCUUUAAUGGUCCUUGGGUUUUAAGUCAAUAUCAAUUGAGAGCGGGUGGAAAACUUGGAACGUGCAAUUUGAUAACCUAACUGGGCAGAAACAAGUUAUCAUCAAGCUAAAAUUUACGUGGCCAGUCAUCUUGACCAGCAAGCAAGGGUCAUUUAUUCCAGUCCUGCUUUCUUGAUAUGACAUAUUACCAUGGCAACAGUAUGACCUUUUGAAAACACCCCUAAUUUCAGUUACAAGUGCUGACAACUCUUAAACUAAUUUGGUGAUGCACAUUUUUAAGGAGUUAUAGCUUUUUGACACACCUUAGCAUUAAAGAUUACUUUCUUAACUCUCUGAACCAUUAUUUUUAUUUUUAAAUUUUUAUUUCAAAUCUGGAAUUUGGAACAAGGCUGUGGUCUAAGAAACAUUAUGAGGAACCCAAACGCUCCAAACCAUGAAAUCCUGGGUGCCCAGCACUUAAGCUUAUCCUUAUAUGAAAAAAAGUAGGUUUUUCCAGUCGCCCAAAGGCAAAAGUUUGUUCCAUGUGGCAGCCAAGCGUCUUAAGAGCACAGCCCUGUGGAAGUACAUGUACAGGUACUGUUAAGUGUCUUAAA